AUGGCUGAGCUUACAGAGGAUAGGACCGGGGCUGAGGUCAGCACUCCAGCCUCAUCCAAGUGUAAGCUCCAGGGUGCCACUCGUCUACCUACAUUCUCAAUGGAUGGUGACUACGUCAUUGGAGGUGUUUUCUCCAUACACUCCUACAAACACACAGAGAUGCAUAACUACACCACCAUGCCUGAGCCACUAACGUGCAGAGGGAGCGUUGACUACCGUAAACUACGGUUCUCACGUGCAAUGGUCUUUGCCAUCGAGGAGAUUAACAACAGCACAGAGCUGUUGCCAGGUAUCAAGCUGGGUUAUAGGAUCCAUGACUCAUGUGCCUCAGUGCCUGUGGCAGUGCAUGUGGCUUUCCAGCUUUCAAAUGGCCUGGACCCUGUGUUUUACACCAGCAACAACUGUUCACGAUCUGGUAUGGUGAUGGCUAUUGUUGGUGAGUCUGGGUCCACAUUAUCUAUAAGCAUGUCACGCAUCAUGGGGCCCUUUAAAAUACCUCUAGUGAGUCACUUUUCCACUUGUGCAUGCCUGUCUGAUAAGCAGCAGUACCCCACUUUCUUUAGAACAAUCCCCAGCGACCAGUUCCAGGCUGAUGCACUGGCCAAGCUGGUAAAACACUUUGGCUGGACUUGGAUAGGUGCUAUCCGGUCAGAUUCAGACUAUGGCAAUAAUGGCAUGGCAUCUUUCCUGAACGCAGCAGAGAAGGAGGGGAUCUGUGUGGAAUACUCUGAAUCUUUUUUUCGGUCCCACCCACACAGCAGGAUCCAGAGAGUAGCUGAUGUUAUCCGCAGGUCCACAGCUAUGGUUAUUGUGGCAUUUGCAGCUGCUGCAGAAGUAAAGAUCCUGCUGGAGGAACUGGCGCGUGAGCCUUCUCCACCUCGCCAGUGGAUAGGAAGUGAGGCCUGGGUAACUAACUCAGACAUGCUGAGGUUCAGCUUUUGUGCUGGAGCCGUCGGAUUUGCCAUUCCGCAAUCUGUAAUCCCAGGUUUGAGAGAAUACUUGUUGGGUCUUCCUUUCUCUGAAGUUGCUGCCUCCCCAUUGCUUACUGAGUUCUGGGAGGAUUCAUUCAACUGCAAACUUCAAAAGAACGAAAGUGUGUGUGAUGGAUCUGAAGACCUGCAAACUCUAAAGAGCGCGUACACUGACACAUCUCAGCUCCGAAUCACUAACAUGGUGUAUAAGGCUGUUUAUGCAAUAGCACAUGCUAUUCAUAAUAGAGUGUGUCAGGACACAAACUCUACAACACAAUGUGACAAAUUCAGCAGUAUAGAGUCCAAACAUGUUUUCAUGCAGCUAAAGAAAGUAAACUUUUCCCAAAAUGGUUAUGAUGUGUCAUUUGAUGCCAAUGGGGAUCCUGUGGCCAAAUAUGAGCUGGUCAACUGGCAAAUAAGUGAGAGUGGCAACAUUGAGGUGGUGACAGUAGGACACUAUGAUGCAUCACUGCCGGUGGGCCAGGAGUUUCGUAUCAACAAGAACCUCACCUGGGUUGACGGUGGCACAAAAGUGCCUGUGUCAGUGUGCAGUGACAGCUGUUCUCCAGGAACCCGUAAAGUGUUGCAGAAAGGAAAACCCAUCUGCUGUUAUGACUGUAUACCAUGUCCUGAAGGAGAGAUUAGCAAUGCUACAGAUUCCCCUGAUUGUUUCCCGUGCCCCAAAGAGUUCUGGCCUAAUGCAAAGAAGGACACUUGUUUCCCGAAGCCUGUGGAGUUUCUUUCCUUUGACGAGGUCCUAGGAAUCAUCCUGGCUGCAUUCUCAGUUGGUGGAGCCUGUCUUGCCAUUGUUACAGCGGCUGUGUUCUUUUAUCACAGGACAUCCCCGAUUGUCAGGGCCAACAACUCUGAGCUGAGCUUCCUGCUGCUCUUCUCCCUGACUCUAUGUUUCUUAUGUUCAUUAACUUUCAUUGGAGCACCCUCUGACUGGUCCUGCAUGCUGCGCCACACAGCGUUUGGGAUCACCUUUGUCCUCUGCAUCUCUUGUGUUCUUGGAAAAACUAUAGUAGUGUUAAUGGCAUUCAAAGCUACACUUCCAGGUAGUAAUGUCAUGAAAUGGUUUGGUCCUCCACAGCAAAGAAUGACUGUAGUGUCUUUUACAUUUGUUCAAGUUUUAAUAUGUAUUAUUUGGUUGGUUGUUAAUCCCCCUUUUCCAAUGAAAAACCUAACAGUAUACAAGGAGAGAAUCAUCCUGGAGUGUGCAUUAGGCUCAGCUAUUGGGUUCUGGGCUGUGCUCGGGUACAUAGGCCUACUGGCUGUGUUUUGCUUAGUGUUAGCUGUCCUAGCUCGGAAACUACCUGAUAGUUUUAAUGAAGCCAAAUUUAUCACCUUCAGCAUGCUGAUAUUCUGUGCAGUCUGGAUCACAUUUAUCCCAGCGUAUGUCAGCUCUCCUGGGAAAUUCACUGUGGCUGUGGAGAUAUUUGCCAUCUUGGCCUCCAGUUUUGGACUGAUACUGUGUAUAUUUGCUCCAAAGUGUUUCAUCAUAUUGUUUAAGCCAGAAAAGAACACCAAGAAACAUUUAAUGACCAAAAAUUAA